UGGGAGCUGUGUGCUGCCUGCUGCAUCCUCAUCCUCAUCGUCUGCUGGCUGGGGAUAAGCCCAAAGUCGGUGCCCGGCUGCGUGCGCGCAUCCCGCCCCGGUGACCCGCAUGACACAUCGGGAGCCGGCGGCGUCCGGGCGCUCCGCCGGGCUUCUUGCCGCCAGCCGAGCGGGGCGAGGAUGAACGGCGCCGCAAAUAAAGAGGAGCCUCUCUCCGCCUGGCUCGCCCAUGAGCCUGCUCGGGAGCUACCGGAAAAAGACCGGCAGUGAUGGCUAUGAAUCUUUGCAGCUGGUGGACAGCAACGGUGACUGCGGCGGCAAGGAGCGCGGCGGCGGCGGCGGCGGGGGGAAGCCGGCGGCGAGCGCGGCGGCGGGCGCAGGCGGCAGGAGCCCCGCGCGGCAGCCGCAGCCGCAGCAGCCCCGCGCCGACGGCGGCGGCAGCACCAUGGACAGCUCAGGUGCCUCAUCACCAGACAUGGAGUCCAGCUAUGGGGGAGGCUUGCUAGAUAUGGUGAAAGGAGGAGCAGGGAGACUCUUCAGCAAUUUGAAGGAUAACCUGAAGGACACCCUGAAAGAUACAUCUUCAAAGGUCAUGCAGUCUGUUGCCAGUUACACCAAGGGAGAGCUAGAUAUUUCAUACAUUACCUCAAGAAUCAUAGUGAUGUCUUUUCCGGCUGAAGGCGUUGAAUUGGGAUUCAGGAACCACAUUGAAGAUGUACGGACGUUUUUGGAUUCUAGACAUCCGGACCACUACACAGUCUUCAACUUGUCACCGAAGUAUUAUCGCAGUGCCAAGUUUCAUAACAGGGUAUCUGAAUGUAGCUGGCCAGUAAGACAAGCACCCAGCCUGCAUAAUCUCUAUGCUGUCUGUAAGAACAUGCACAACUGGCUGCAGCAGAACCCCAAAAACGUCUGUGUCAUCCACUGUAUGGAUGGCCGUGCAGCCUCAGCAGUUCUGGUCAGUGCGAUGUUCUGUUUCUGUCACCUCUUCUCUAAUCCAGGCCCUGCUAUGCAGUUGCUGAACUCGAAGAGACCUGGAAUUGUACUUUGGCCAUCUCAUAGGAGAUACAUAGGAUACAUUUGUGAUCUAAUAGCAGACAAGCCCGUCAUUCCUCACUGCAAGCCACUUACGAUCAAGUCAGUCACCCUCAGCCCAGUCCCCUGUUUCAACAAGCAACGAAACGGGUGCCGACCCUUCUGUGACAUUCUCAGUGGAGAAACCAGAAUCCUUACCACCUCCCAGGAAUAUGAAAGAAUGAAAGAAUACCGUGUACAAGAAGGGAAAGUCCUAAUUCCACUAGGAGCAACUGUACAUGGAGAUGUUGUUGUUUCUGUCUACCAUAUGAGAUCAACCAUUGGGGGACGCCUACAAGCAAAAAUGACCAACACACAAAUAUUCCAAAUUCAAUUUCAUACUGGAUUCAUAGCCCUGGGAACAACCACACUAAAGUUCACCAAACCUGAACUGGAUGCCUGUGAUUCUCCAGACAAAUAUCCACAACUUUUUCAUGUUAUACUGGACAUAGAAAUACAGUCUGCUGAUAGACAAACUGAAUUAACUCCUCCAUGGGAGAACUUCACAACAAAAGACAUCAAUCCAAGCAUUCUCUUUUCCUCUCAUCAGGAGCAUCAGGACACUCUUGCUUUGGCAGGUAAAGGUCCCACUGACACACCUCAGGAUAACAUAAGAAAUGUUGGACAGAGUGCAUUCUUUUCAUCUCUCAGCUGGCAAGAUCAGAAAUCUGACAAAAGUAGCUCUCACCCCACCUCAGAGGAUCGAGCAGCGUUGGUACACGAGGAAAGCGAACAGUCAGAUGACGAACUCUUGUCCCUUUCCAGUCAGCACAGUAAUGCCAGUGGUGACAAGCCUCAUGGGACACCUAAACACAGCAAAAAGCAGCAGGAGCCUCCAGCACCACCUCCGCCGGAAGAUGUUGACCUGCUGGGCCUAGAUGGCAGCCCUAUGAGCAAGAAUUUUCCCUCACAGCCCGCUGCUGCCCCCUCUAACUCAGACUUGCUGAAUGAUUUGUUUGGGGUUGGUGGGCCAAGUGCACAAAGUGGACAGUCCGCUGCUGAGGAGGUCUUUCACGUGGGGGGAACUGGAUCUGUUCAGUCAACUCCUCGGCGUUCUGCAGCUUCUGCAUCCCCAUCACCAUCCCCAAGGGUAGGAGAAGCAACUGCCUUUGACCCAUUUGGAAGUAGCCCUAAGCAAACUGGUCCAGACCUCCUGGGUUCCUUUCUUGGUUCAUCAAAUGUCACUGGUGAUCCAUUCCUUCAAGCAACAAGAAGUCCUUCACCAACUGUGCACAGUGAUCCCUUUCACAUGGCUUCUAGCACACCAACAGUUUCCAUUCAACCAGAUGUUUCAGGUGCCUGGGACUGGCCCAGCAAACCAGGUGGCCUAGGUGUGGGAAGCAAGUCAGCUGCCACCAGUCCUACAGGAUCCCUCCACAGCACACCCACUCAUCAUCCUAAACCCCAAACACUGGAUCCAUUUGCUGAUUUGGGCACUCUUGGAGCAAGCUUAGCAGGUGGCCCUUCGUUUGCCAGCAAACCAACCACGCCGACCGGGCUGGGCGGAGGCUUCCCCCCCUCGCCGCAGAGACCCUCUCCCCAGCCCAUGGGCGGCACCAGUUGGCAGCAAGGACCGGGCUACGGCUGGCAGCAGUCGCAGUCCAAAGCCCAGGCAAGCAUGCCACAUUCCUCUCCCCAGAACAAGCCCAACUACAACGUGAGUUUCUCAGCAAUGCCGGGAGCACAGAACGAACGUGGAAAAGGACCAGCUAAUGCCGAUUCAAAACCAAAAGUGUCUGCAGAUUUCGAAGAUCUGUUAUCUGGUCAAGGUUUUAAUGCUCACAAGGACAAGAAAGGACCCAAAACAAUAGCUGAGAUGAGAAAAGAAGAAAUGGCUAAGGAAAUGGACCCUGAGAAAUUAAAAGUCCUAGAAUGGAUUGAAGGGAAGGAGAGAAAUAUAAGAGCCCUACUGUCCACAAUGCACACUGUCUUAUGGGCAGGGGAGACCAAGUGGAAACCUGUUAGUAUGGCAGAUCUUGUAACACCAGAACAAGUGAAGAAGGUCUACCGGCGGGCAGUACUUGUCGUUCAUCCUGACAAGGCUACAGGGCAGCCAUAUGAACAAUAUGCAAAGAUGAUAUUUAUGGAGCUAAAUGAUGCCUGGUCAGAAUUUGAAAACCAAGGGCAAAAACCCUUGUAUUAGGUAUUUUAUCAGUCUUCACUGCAGACCUGUGCUAGUGCUUGUAUAGUCUCUUGUCACAAAUGUCACAGAUCAACCAAACUCUGGCUGGAAAUUCAGAUGUUUCAAAAAGUUGUGAGCCUAAUACUUAUCAUGAAGAACAAGACAAAGGUUUCUAUAUACUUGUAUCAAGAAUCUUGAGCUAAGAGGAACUCUAGCCAUGUGGCUUGCCAUGUGAGAGCCACGGGGUUACAGUUUCUUGUACCCCCCUUCCCUCUCCGUAGAUUCAAGUGGGUUGAGAGAGAACACAUUCUGGAAAAGGUGGAAUUGUUUUGUCUCUGACACCGUGUCACUGGUGAAUAUCCUACUUUUUUGUGAAUUGUGAUAUGGCAACACUUCAGUUGAGUUCAGUAACUGGUGGUGGAGCCCAAACUUCGAUGUACUCUCUGCCUAGGUUUGGAUCAAACUUUAUCAAAUUUAAGUGCUCAGAUGCGGUUUAGGCACACUUCUAACAGUCACCAUUUGCUGCUUAAUUGCUCAUAUAGUAUGCCUGAAUAGAGACAAAGCUGAAUCCUGGGUAGAUCAGUGUGGCAGCUUAUUGCUGCUUUAUGCAUUAACACUGUACUUCACAGUCCAGCAGUGAAACGUGCAGAAGAAAUUCCACAGCACAGUGUCUUUAAAGCAAACAAUAAGUAUUUGAUGUUAAAUAGCACCUUGUUGGUUUGUUAAACAGCAGCUUUUGGGAAAUAAUGAAUUGGGAGGAAUGAUUUUCCCCAUCUGUAAAAGUGGAGAAUAAGCAUGUACUAUAUUUCCAGUGAAGUUCUCCUUAAUAGCUAGAACCAUCAGACAAAGAAAUGUCAACGAUUAAAACCCUGCCGCAUCAGUUAAAGUUUUGGAAAAUUCCUGGAUGAUGGGUAAUAUUUCCCCUUGUGAAGAUUCAAAGCUUGCUUGCAUCACCUCUAUGCCUUUAGCAGCUCCGGAGCGCUUGGCAAAGGCUCUCAACAGAACGCAGCUCGUUGCAGCUUUGCUUUUCAGACCCCAGCGUGGAAGCUGUCAUGUAGGCAUCUGUGGACCAGGUCUGCUCUUUGAAGUAAAUACAGCCCAACUUGAUUAUCUUAAAGUUUGCAUUGGUCCACAGCAAUAACAGUCACAAGGAGGUAUUUCUGAUGCUAAAGCUGGAGCAUUUUUCCUAGUUAAAAUGCAAGUUAUGCUCUUCACCCCAAAUCCUGGCUUUCUCCUUUUGUAAGAUAACUAAAACUAGCAGUUCAUUUACCAACACAUAUCUGUAUCUGAGCUCUGAAAGGGCAGAUAUUCAGAAAUAGGCAGGAAAUCAUUCAUACUUACUGUUUAAGGAAAAGGUUGCUAUCUGAUGCGAAUCUUUAAAGUUGGUGUUUUUAAAGACAAUCCACUUGUUGUUGCACUUAAAUUUUCAAGUGGCAAAACUUUUACUGCAAAGACAGUGUGUCAAAGUACAUUGCUCUCUGUAUAAAAGUCAUCCUUUUGUUGUAUUGGUCCACUAUUUACUACCAUUAAUUGAAAAUGUGAAACCAACACAUAGGUCUCCUUUUAUAUAACAGACCUUAAGAUAAUAGUAACAAACUGGAUGUUAUUUAUUAAUGUUUUGAUCCAGUAUGUGCUUGUCUUAUUUAAAGAGAUAACUGGAAUGUGAAUCAUGUUCCUGUGAUUUGUUGAUUUAUUGUUUCUCAUUUACAUUUGUAGAUAUUGUGACCUAUGCCUAAUAAUAAAAAGGAUCUCAUUAUGAUAAUGUACUUUUUUAAUAAUGAAAACGACAUUAGCUUUGUAUCAAGUUUGUCAUGGCACACAACUCUGGAUACUCAUACAUUCACAAAAUACAAAUUCAUCAUUAAACUUUAUCUACCCUACCCCACUUAAGUUUUCAUUACUCCCAUCCCUAAUGUUUUUAUGGAUGCAUGAAAGUAUUAGGAUGUAUGUAUAUCAAACUAGUUAACUAAAAAAAAUUCUUGUCAUAUCUGGUAGUGACAGAGGUUAUCAAUGUUCAGGCUUACUGUUUGACUAAACUAUUGUAAUUUUUGUAAAUACAGUAUAUACUCAAUGAAAUUGUGACUGGUCUAAACUAUUUGUAUAUACAUUAAAAAGCUCAAAUUAAUAUAUUCA